CAGGUUGGCAGCGUGGUUGCCCCAAUUGGCUUCAGCAGGAUCCAGCGCAGCCCAAGGGGGCGCCGUCCGUUAUCAUUGUGGCUGCAGCAAGGGACGCCCAUGAUUUAUUUGGCGAGUAUGCGGUCUGAUUGGUGUGUACGCUAUCUGUUCAGGAGGGCAACAUGGCUAUGACCUCUGACGCUGCGGAGCCUGAGUUAUACGAAGAGCCUGCACUCCGAAUCAACAUUGUCAAGGAUGUCCCUUGUAUUUGCGAGGUUCGGCGUUCUUCUGCCAAGGGGAGAGGAUUGUACAUGACGCAAAGUGCCCAUCCAGGCGACGUGAUUUAUUCAGAGAAACCUGCUGUUGUCAUCCCCAAAGCAGGCGAUAACGAAAGUGGUUGCGAUCGAGCUAAACAGCCGAAGGACUCUUGGCGCAGCGCGGCUGCUCUGGCGACAGGCCCACAGCCUCAGCUGGAGGCCGUGAUGGCCUUCUUGGAGCCGUUGGACACGGAGCAUCCAGCUUAUGAAGUCUUUCGCGAUUCUUUGAAUGAGGGCGUGAUUUGGCUCCAAGAGGCAGGGGUAAGACUUGAUCCUGCCUCACUUAAAAAGCUAAUGCUCUCGACGCUGUUGAACGGCUGGGGAGGGGACCAGGGUAAGCUGCUUUUCAUAUGGUUGUCAAUGACUAACCACUCGUGCGACCCAUCUGCAGUCAUGGUCACCGAAGGACAGAGCGACCCUGCAUUGUUGAAAGUGGAAGUGCGGGCUUUGGUCGACUUGAAAGAAGGCGAUGAAGUUACCUUAUGUUAUAUACAUGAUGUGAUGUUGCCACCGAAGGAACGGGCCGCCCACCUCAUGAAAGGUUGGUUCUUCUCCAACGUGACACCGUUGGCAAGUGAUGAGUUCAUCAAUGCAUAUGUGAAAGAAGGCCCCGACACCGACGCUGCAGUGGCAAACAUAAUCGAAGCCAAUGGAUUCGCGAUGAAAGCGUGGGACCUUGGGCAUUCCAGCCAAGAUCCAGUAGCCGCAAGCCGGCACCUGAAGAAUGCUCUAGGUGCUUACCAGCUCGUGUUGAAGUCUGCGUCCGGAGUUUUGCAUUCCGAGCAUGGCUGGGUCUUGAAUGCGCAACGUCGCAUGGCCUCAAUAUUGCUCAGAGAACAGGAGCAGUUUCCAGGCACCGCCGGGGUGGCUCUCAAACUCUGCUCUGCAGUUGCAGCAGGAGAGGAAAAGAUUUAUCGUUUAGGCCGUGUAAGGCUCACAGAAACGCAUAGCAUGGCAGUAGAGGCGGCAGAGCUGUCUGGCGAUAGGCUUGCGGCAGACAUGUGGAAAGCCAAAGUUGCUCAGGGCAAAGCAAUCCGCGGGAUGCGCUACGGCCAGUAAUUGUGAUUGGUACAACGACUUCAUGGACUCGAUGCGGGAGGUGCCCCAUUGGUGUUUGUGUUUUAUUCGUGUUCGUGGUGGCCGAGGCAGGAGGGUGAGCCACCUUCGCUUCCUCCACCAGCAAUCCCCUCGUGCAUGUAGCGCACGAUAAAUAGUCUUGAUGCACGGCGAACGGGCUUGAUGCGGACAGAAGGUCUGAUGGCUGUUUGCGAAGAACUCGAACAUAUUCAGCCGCUUUGCUGAUUAUUGCCACGCGCUACCCCCGACAUGUAUGCAACGAACCGUCUGGAAACAUACGAUACGCUGCUGUCGAACAUUGAGAUCGGUGCAACAAGUGUGUGGGCGCCAAGUGGCCACCAGGAUAAAUUCAGAGAACUCUUGGAGGUGCCUCAGAC